CGCGGCGCUCAGAACAAACAGCGCUCGGACAGAGACAGUCACAGUGAGGAGCACAGUACGCACGCUUCACCUCCUCUUCCUCUGGAUCAACUCCUCUCCAUCAUGGACUCUCCUCGGGCUCGUGCCCUGCUCUCCGCCGGAUAAACUUUGGAUACUCGUAUGAUGGGAAUAUACAGUCGGUGCGCUCCGGCCCGUGGAUCUAUACAGCCUUGAUGGAAACCAUGUCACCGCAGCAGGGGACGAUGGGACAGAACAGGUCCGACUCUCUGACUGGAGAGAGCAAGGCGCUUCCCGACAAUAAAAAGAAGAUGAAGACCUUGGCCCAGAGACGACAGUCGGCUCCCUCACUGGUCAUCAGCAAAGCACUUACCAGAUCGAAAAGCACAUCCAGGGAAAGCUGCCUGUCGCCAGUCAGCCCAGAGUCAUGUCCCCUCGUCCAGGCCUUCCUGGCUGAGUGUCCAGGCCGUAUGUUCCUGGGUCACGCCCAAACGCAGCUAAAGACGGGCCUUCAGACCCAGGAGAGACACCUCUUCCUCUUUACUGACACACUGCUCGUCACCAAGGCCAAGUCUCCCACUCAUUUCAAGGUGAAGGCCCAAGUCCGAGUGUGUGAGAUGUGGAUGGCCAGCUGCAUGGAGGAGGUGUGCGAAGGAAGCACUAACCCAGAGAGGAGCUUCGUCAUGGGCUGGCCCACGAGCAACUGUGUGGCCACCUUCAGCUCCGAGGAGCACAAGGAAAAAUGGUUGGCACUCAUCAAAAGUCGGAUAAAUGAGGGAAAAGAGAAUGAUGACCCCAAGACCAUUCCAGUAAAGAUAUUUGCAAAGGAUAUUGGAAAUUGUGCAUAUGCCAAGACCCUUGCGGUCAGCAACAAUGACAGCACCACUGAUGUCAUCCGCAUGGCUCUGCUGCAGUUUGGCAUAUCAGGUUGUGUUAAAGACUACAGGUUGUGGGUGAGCUCCAGUAAGGACGACCCUCCAUAUCCUCUCAUAGGCCACGAAUUUCCCUUCAGCAUUAAGAUGAGUCACAUUCGGGAUAGUGGGAGCAGUGGUGGAGGACUGGGAGGAGGAGCAGGCAGAGAUCCAACGAGUCCAACAGAUUGUCCCGGGGUGUUGCUGCUGGACCAGUGUCUCCCUCCAGACACCCAGUGCCAGUUCAUUCUCAAACCCAGCAAGGUUGCCCCGGGGCAGGCUUCACUUCUAGAGCCGGGUCAGCAGAAGUCUUUUAAGAGAAAGAGGUCUCUGAUCAACUGGCCUUUCUGGAAAGGCUCCAACACCCAGCUGGAUGGCCUGCCCCUGUCCCCGACUGCACUCUCUCCUGCUCAGGGACGGCUGUUCGGACGACCCCUGAGCUCUGUCUGCUCUCCAGACCACGGCCUGCCCAAGCCUGUCAUGGACAUGUUGGUGUUCCUGUACCUGGAGGGGCCCUACACCAGAGGCGUCUUCAGGCGGUCAGCAGGAGCUAAAACCUGCCGGGAGCUGCGGGACAGACUAGAUGGAGGGACAGAGGAUCCGGAGAUCACACACCAGUCUGUGUUCGUCAUCGCUGCUGUUCUGAAGGACUUCCUGCGAAACAUUCCGGGCAGCCUGCUGUGUGUGGAUCUGUACGACCAGUGGAUGGAUGUGAUGGAGGGGGAGGGAGGGGAGGAGAGGACACAAGCUGUCAAUAGGCUGCUCCGCCUCCUGCCCAACGACAACCUGCUUCUGCUGCGACAUGUGAUCGCCGUGCUGCACUGUAUCCAAGGCAACGCCCACGACAACCAGAUGAAUGCAUUCAACCUGUCCGUCUGCAUCGCUCCGAGCAUGCUUUGGGCCCCGGCGCCCAGCACCCCUGAGAUGGAGGGGGAGGGCACCAAAAAGGUGUGUGAGCUGGUCCGCUUCCUCAUAGAGAACUGCAGCAGUGUCCUGGGAGAAGACGUCACCUCCCUGUUCAGAGCCUUCAGCCAGAAGAGCAGCAGCAGUGACCACGGAUCUGAUGUGUCAUCUUUCCAGAUGAAUGACUCGUCCUAUGACAGUCUGGAGAAUGAGCUGAAUGAUGACCCUGAGUCACCCUACCAGGAGCAGCUGCCUCUACGUGACAAGCCGGACAGCUGUAGCCGCGACUCUGUCAUCACCCUCAGUGACUGCGAUCCCGAUCCUGAGCCAGAGACUGAUCUCCUGCUGCAGCUCCCUCCGCUGGCGAGACCCCGGAGGUUCAGCCCUGCGGUACGACAGCCACGCACCCGCCAGGCCAACGGCCUGUCGCAGGGUCCCAGGAGGCUGAGGAGGAGUUCGGAGCCUGCUUUGGCACUGGCAAGCACGCCGCCCUCGGGCACAGUGACAGUUCAUGCUGAUAAGCACUGCCUACCAAUAAGGAAGGCAAGCUACGAUGCCGCCAUUGAAGGUGAGGGGGAGGAGGAUGAGGACGAGGUGUUUCUGCAGCAGAGACUGAGUGGGCUGCAGCUAAAGGAGGAGGGGGAUGGAUGUGAGAAGGCAGUAGCCAAAGUCCAGAAUGGUGGACGGAGGAAAAUGAAGCAUGCCCCUCCGCCUCCACUGCGACUGGAUGCCAGCUGUUCCAGUCUGUCGUCCCCAGCAACCUCUCCCACAGGCUCCUCCCUCAGUUCUCUAGACUCCGCCUUCUCGCAGUACUCUACUGAUUACGCCACCAAUGGGAUGAAUGCAUUGGGUGAGCCAGCUCCUCUCUCCCCUCUCUUUCCUGGACGGCCUCAACUGUCUCCAAGGGGCUCUCCUCCUCAGAGGGAAACCCCACCUCAUUGGCCACAGCCCAGCCAGCCUCCCCGGACCAGCCAAGCCCCCUCCAACCACCCUAACACGUGGCUCAAGAAGGACCGACGCCUGUCACUAAGGCAAUCUAAUAACGGACACACGGAAGAGGAUUUGGCAGUGGUAAAUGGGAAAACCCACUCAACCAGUAAUGGCUCCUCUGUUGGCACCCAGGAGGCCCUGGUGACAAACCGAAACUGCCAGCGGAGAUCCAGCAGCCCUCCGUCCUACCAGCAGGCUCUGCUGCAGCUGCAGCGCAGCCGCUCCCCUUUCUACAGGGGGACAGAGAAACCUCUGACGGUCAGAGAGCUCAGGCUGCUCCAUGACCAGACCUGCACCCACAGACCCCCUAACAACUCCAAGCCACACACAGGCGAGGUCACACAGAGGCUGGCUGAAAGUGAGUGUGUGCAGCCCCCGCAGGGUGUUUUUUAUGGACAAAGCGCCACCACUCUGGUCCUCCAAAGGCAGAAGUCCCACUCUUUAACUCCAGCCAUGGAGGGACACAAAGGGAGGAGGACCCUUCCCCGGCGAGCAUCUGAACCUGCCAAGGUUGAACUUGCCGCUGCCUCUAACCUCUCCACCAGCCUCACCCUGGACAGACCUCGCGCUUCUAAGGGCCAGGCCCAAGAUGGAGGUCUGAGAGUGUCAGACGUGGAGCCCAAACUCUCUCCCUCUUCCGCCGAGCAACGCUUCUGCCUGUCUCCCUCCGCCACCCGGGCUGUAAGGGACUACUUCUCCUCACAGGGUCAGGCGGAUGCAGAUGCCUGCCUGCGGAGGAGUCAAGAGGUGGCACUAGCUAUCGUACAGGGGAAGAGGGAGUGGCAGAGCCGGCGGUGCAGCGACCCGCGAGUGGACGACUUUGACCAGCUGUUUUUUGCAGAAGAGUCAUACGUGUAAAUGAGAUCUGUGUACAGACAAACUAAGUGUGAGAGACUGGUUUUUAUUUGAUAUGUUCGCUUGUAUGCAGCUGUCUUAUUAUUGAUGUUGUAAUAUUCAUCCGUAUACACAUUCUUCCUCUUGGCAGCAGUAGUCAGUAGUCAAAAAGGUGUUGCAGUUUACUGUUAACGGUACAUCCAAGGUGUUAGAUUUUCAAAGGUACAGAUGCACAUCCUGCUUCAGUGUUUCACCUCCUUGUGGCUGUAAUCUUUUAAAUGUAUGUUUUGAUUUCUUUUCUACCAUGAAAUUAUGACAUCUGGCAAAAAGUAGAUUAAAAAGUUUGAAGUUAUGGGUCAUGAUUCAAAGCAAUUUACAAAAUAUGUUUUAAAGCACUUUCUAGUAUUUGAAGGUUGCUUUUGUAGCACUGCAGCUGGAAUCCUCAAAACAUUAUUUAUUGAGCUGUGAUGCCCGAUUCAAUGAAUUCAUGAAAGAGAAGAUGUGAAGAAACAGUUUGUUUAAUUGGACAUCUGGAUCCCUCAACAAUCAUUAAAGCUGCUGUCAAAAUGGGUCACAGCUCUUGUGCCAAAAUCUGCUUGCUCUGAAAAAUAGUUUUCUCUGGCAGUUUGUCCUUGUUUUGCCUUUGGGAAUGGGUUGUUGCUUUUUUAGCACAUGAAGAAAUAAUGAAGGAAAAGGAGUUCUUCAGAAAUGAAAAAGAGAGGACAAAGAAGCCCUUUUACUAUUCUCUUUUUGAAUUUUUUUUUUGAAAAUAUGCUUUUACCAUUUUCAAGGUGAUGACACAUUUUUGUUCUCAGUUUUUAACAGCAAAACAUAUAACAUUUUACUAAAAUUCUAACUAUACUGUAUAUCAUCGUACUCAUCGCUUAUGAGUUUUCAGACAGGGACACAUCAAGGACACCAGCGGGUUAAAACAUUUUUUAGAACAAACAAAUGUUGGCACAGCAAAUGUUUGUUGAGGCUGCUUUCUGUAGAAGUAAUGACAACAAUAUGGUCAAGAUGACUGCUAUGACUUCAUGCAAAUACUCUGGACACAAGCUUGCAGCUCUAUUCACAACACCUGUGAUAUUUGCUGAUUUGCCAGAGGAGGAAAGUUUUAGGACAGAUGCUCUCACUGUUCAUACUUGUAUCUUAAGAAAACAUUCUAGACUAUUUUAAGGGCAUUUGUACCUUUUAUGACCAGUUGCACCCUUAUUGUGAACUCCCCCCCCCCCCCCCCCCGUGAGUGAAAUGUGUGUCUGAAUUAGUGGUGAAUCAGUGGGGCAGGUAUUUAUUCAUUUCUGUUGUUUCCAGACACACAGCAUAUAGUGUUGUCCACUGCAGCUCUGGUUUAUAUCUCUGUGACCUGGGAGGGGAGGAGCGAGGAGGAGGGAGAAAAACUGUCAAUGUGUGUUUGUGUGAAAGAAAGUGGUGGUGAAUAUAAUGUGAUCAUUGACAGCAUGUCCAGAGCAGGAAUGUGAGAGAAUGUGUGCCAUUGAGGGAGAAAUCUCCUUUAUUCUUGCUUUUAUAGUACUUCAUUAUUCUCACCAAGAAUUCCUCUCAGUCUCACAAGAAUGAGAGUAGUGUGUGUGUGUGCGCGCGCGUCUGUAAGUUUAAGUUAAAUGCACCAUUGAAAAACUGUUUCUCUAGCUGUUGUACGUUUGUCCAUAAUAAUAUUAUUUGUUGAUUUCAGUGCUGCCGUCAUUGCAGUACUGAUUUCUGCGGUGACACUACGGUGACCUUAUUUCACUGUCGAUUAAUGUUUGGAAAAGUAUAUAAAAGCAGAAGUAUUAACACAGUGUUAUUAUGAACUUAACAACUUUUCCAGCAGAUCACACACUGGAAUAAGGCCAUUGUCAUUUUAAGUGUUGCCAUUUUAAAUGGUCUCAAAAAGUACUUUAUCCUGUAUUAUUAAUAUUAUAAUUGUUAUUUCCAUUACAGUGAAUAGUGUUCAAUGUGUAAAGUUCUGCGUAUUUAUGAUACAGAAAUAUAUAAAUAUAUAUAAAUAUAUGAUCUUGUUACUUUGGUAUGUCGUGUUGUGUGAGAAAAUCAGAAGUGUAUUUUUGUACAUGCCAAUUCUGCUGCUGCUGUCUCUAUAGAAAGUAUAUUUGCUACAAAAUGCACCAUUUGUAUAUUGUGUACAUCUGAUGUCCAAUGCUCACGAGAACAAACUUUCAUUGAUUUUAAUAAAUGUUGCUCUUGUGAAACUA